GCGCGACGGUGAUUAACCGCCCGACGUCACGGGCGGCGGCGUCGUGUGUAAGGGCGCGCCUAGCAGCCAAAGUCCAUCGGUUUACUCGCUCUCGGCCGACGGACGACGAUCGCGCGACAGUCACGCAUUGUUGCGCUUUGCGUUGCUGUCCACCGUUCGCGCGAUCGCGUCCGCCGUCGAAAAUCGUUUUCGUUUUUUAAACCGUUUUCACGCCUCCCCCACCCGCGGUCUCCGGUAAACCGUCAACGAUAGUUUUCCGUUCGAACUAUAGAUAGGCGCAUCCGAUUUUAAACCAAAGUAAUAAGACUAUAAUUCAUUAACGUCCGUCAGAUGCAAGAAGGUUGUUCUUGCAUAUACAUAUAUAGAUAAGAAAGAGAAAGCAUGGGCAAAAGGAACUCAAAACUGAAGCAAGAUACAAUCGACAAAUUACUAGAAGACACUUAUUUUUCGGAGAAAGAAAUCAGACAAUGGCACAAGGGUUUUCUAAAGGAUUGCCCAAAUGGACUAUUGACGGAACAAGGAUUUAUAAAAAUAUACAGACAGUUUUUCCCGCAAGGUGAUCCAACAAAAUUUGCAUCACUUGUAUUCAGAGUGUUCGACGAAAAUAAAGAUGGUUCUAUAGAGUUCGAAGAAUUCAUCAAAGCUCUAUCAGUAACGUCCAGAGGAAAUUUGGAUGAGAAACUUCAUUGGGCUUUUCGCCUGUACGAUGUCGACAACGAUGGUUUCAUAACCCGAGACGAGAUGUACAACAUCGUAGAUGCUAUAUAUCAGAUGGUGGGUCAACAACCCCAAGCCGAAGACGAAAAUACCCCACAAAAACGAGUAGAUAAAAUAUUUGAUCAAAUGGAUAAAAAUCAUGAUGACAAACUUACGCUGGAAGAGUUCAGGGAGGGAAGCAAGGCGGAUCCGAGAAUUGUGCAAGCACUUUCACUCGGAGGAGACCAUAACAAUGCUGCAGCUCCCCAAACAGCCACCACAUAAGUCUGUCGGAUGAGAGUUUUUCUACAUAUUGACUUUUUUACUUAUAUUUUUGUGUCUAAUUUUUUGACUUCUUUACAUUAUACAUUAAUAAUAUUGUAAUUUUUCUUAUAAAUUUAAAAAUUUUUAAGAAUUCAUAUGUAAAUUACUAAGCUUAUACUCAUAUUUUAGUUAUACUUUAUAGUUAUGAAAAAUUAAGGUUAAUUUUAUCCACCUUAGUGGUUAUACGUACAGUAUAAUAAUAAUAUGUAGUAUUUACGUAUAUAUAAUAUAUUAGGUAUUAUCAGUAUUAUGCUUUUAUACCUAUAUAAAUAUAUAUGUACUACAUAUGCAUACACAUAAUUCAAUUUUAAUAAUUUUUGUGUGAAAAAAAAAUCUUUAUAUUUGUAAGCACUAUUAUAUAGUUAUAAAUAUAAAUAUAUAUACAUUCUAUAAAUUCAA